ACAAUCGGUGCUUUAACCGCAACUGGCACCGUAACGACACCUAUGAAACGUCCCUUGGACCACUGCCCAUAUCCAUGGAUGAAUACUUCUAUAUUCAUGUGUGUAAAUAUUUUUUGAUUGACCGAACGACUUUUUCAGAAGCACCUUUGGAUACAUGUUUGGUCUGCAUAGACAAUUGGUGACGCUGCUAGACAAAUUUGUGUUCAUCAGAAUUUAGACAUUGUUACUUUUGCAAGGAAUUCUUAGAACAUGGUAUGAUAGUCUAUUCAAGUAUUCUCAUAGCAUUACACGCAAAUGCUUUUUUUUUCAUAGAGCAAGGGGUGGUUUCACCAGAAAUAUGUGGUUAAUUCAGUGAUCUCCGUUGACUGUCAGUAUAGAUUUUGUAGACUCUGCCUUUAGCAGAACCUGACCUCGCCUUGAAGCAUGGCGUCUUUCGUCUUGUCAGUGAACGGGGUUUCAUUCACUGAAGCUACGGAGAAACUCGAACCCGAGAACCCAUUCAAAGGACCCCUCUCAUAUGUUUCGCCAUGGACCUAUACUUUUUUGGCGUGUUUAAUGUUCGUUGUGACCUCGCUAUCUCUCUUUGAAAACUUCACCGUUAUGCUUGUUACUUUUAAAUACAAACAGCUUAGGAAACCCUUAAAUUAUAUCAUCGUAAACUUAUCAGUAGCGGAUUUCUUUAUGUCACUCGUCGGAGGGAGCAUAAGUUUUCUUAACAACGCAAAUGGCUACUUCAUUCUGGGCAACUGGGCUUGUGUCACAGAAGGAUUCGUCGUCACAUACCUGGGUAUAGUGGCUCUGUGGUCUUUGGCUAUUCUGGCCUUCGAGCGCUAUUUUGUCAUCUGCCGACCCAUGAAGAACGUGCGCCUCGGGAUCAAGCAUGCUGGUCUGGGGCUCCUGUUCGUCUGGACCUUCUCGUUCAUCUGGACCAUCCCGCCGGUGCUAGGCUGGAACAGCUACACGGUCAGCAAGAUUGGAACCACCUGUGAACCCAACUGGUACUCCACGGAAUACUCAGACCACACGUACAUCAUCACCUUCUUCACCACCUGUUUCAUCCUGCCCCUGGGAGUAAUCAUCGGCUCUUAUGGCAAACUCAUGCAGAAGCUCCGAAAGGUGUCCAACACCCAUGGGAGACUGGGCCACACCAGGAAGCCCACCCGGGAGGUGGCACGCAUGGUCAUCGUCAUGAUUGCCGCGUACUUGAUCGGCUGGACACCCUACGCGGCCUUCUCCAUCACGGUCACCGCCUGCCCCACCAUCUACAUCGACCCCAGGCUGUCCGCAGCACCCGCUUUCUUUGCCAAGACCACCAACGUCUACAACCCCAUCAUCUAUGUAUUUAUGAACAAGCAGUUUAGGAAGUGCCUCAUUCACAUGUUCAAGGGUGGCACGGCCAGCCUGGACUCGACCCACAUCAACCAGACGUCAGACCGCGGUACCACGGCCGACAGCCACAUGGGCGAGAUGUCAACCAUCGCCGCCCGCGUGCCACUCUCCUCCGUCUGCAACAUGGAGCGCACACAGGAGGAGGAGGAGGAGGACGAAGAGGAGGCCAUGGCCAGGGUCGAGGAGGAGACGCACGGAGAGAACAACGGCGGAACCAACAAGCUCCCCGUCAACGUCAACGAGAACAAAGUGUGCCCUCUCUGAACUGCGGCAGGGAGGGGAGACAAUAGAUUAAUGACCGCUGCUUUCAUGUAACUUUGUAGCCACCCGCAACCCAACUAAGAACCCUGUCUCGUGAUUAGAACUUCAAGGGCUCUCCCCGUGCAGGUAUUUGUUCCUUCAGAAGCUAUUCACAUUAGCAUUAUUCACAUAGCAUUUUGCGAGCGGCUUGCUAAUUAAUAAUAGCUCACACUGGGGAGGGGGGGGCGUCAGGUGGUGCAUUGCUUUGUGGGAACAAAUACCCUCCCCCAGGAUGUGAUGUGUCAAAAGGUGGAACAAGACCCCUCCCUACCCCUCAGCAAUGUCUUUCGCUACAAUGUUGCCUCAUAUACUGUAUAGCAUGUGUACAUGAGAGCAUAUGUGUGAAUGUCCUAUACGAAUGUCUGUCUCUAUGUCAGUGGCACCUGUGGUAGAGAAGCUUUUGCGUGUAUAUGUGUGUGUGUGUGUGUGUGUGUGUGUACAUGUGUGAGUGUUAAUGCUGAAUUCAUUGCUAAUGUCAGUCCACCCCAAAUACACCUUAUGGAUAAGUUUUAGUUUUCAAAGGUGUGUGAACAUGUUAUCCAGAACAGUGUCUGUGCGUCUUGCUCUUCUGUGGCCUUAAGUGUUUCAGUGGUGUCUCUAUCUGGUACGUAUUACUGUGUGAAUUCUCUGUUGUGGGUAUAUCUCUCUUGAAGCCCCUUUUGUGUAGCCCCUUUACAGUGCAAUACAGAAUAUAGCAUGUAUUACUUUUCGUUUGCUGUUUGCCUUUCACGUUGAACAUUUCAGUUUAAAUGUCAGUAACAAUAUGCCAUUGCUAGGGAUGUCAAAUAGUCACUUUCUGUAUUCUGUAGAUAAC